CCCUUAUCCAUUUUUUUAUCGCCAAAACAGCAAUUGGGAACACACCUCUCCUCCUCUCUUCUCUUCCUGCCACCAAUGCUAAAACGAACAACAACUGACAAAAUAGUACGAGGAGUGGAGUAGGAUGUCGUGUUUGCUUCCACAGUUUAAGUGCCAACCCGAUACCUUCUCCAUUCAAUUCAGAACUCACCACCACACUGUCACUACCAUCCACCCCCAUACGCACACAUCAAAAACUAGAGAGCCUGUUUGUUUCGGAGUGCAAUGCGUUUUAUCCGCUACAUCACCUUCAACAUCAACAGGAACUACUACAGUGCUUAAUAUGGAGAAGCUGAGAUUACCUUCUUUAGAAACUAAUUCUGACUCAUUCACUGCAAACAGACCGUGGACGUAUAUGGGGGCAAUUGGUCCACCCACAGUGGCAAAAUUUGAAGCAACAUUAGCAACAGAAACACUUAUUACAAGUGAAGAGGCUGUAAUAGCUGCAGCUGCUGCUGAAGCUGUUACUCUUGCCAAAGCGGCUGUCAAGUUUGCAAAGGAUGCAGCCCUGCUGGCUAAAAAUAACCACUCUGCAAAAGCAGAUAGUACGUCACCAAUUUCUUCCGAACCUGAUACUUUACUUUUCAACUGGGUUCAGCACAUGAAAACUGAUCGAGCUGGUAUAGUAGGAGAUCCCAUGGGAGCUGAAGCAGGACUGUUGGAAGACCAUUUGAUGCAACGUGCCACAAAGGAGUCUGAUGAUGUGGAGCCAACAGAUAAGGAGCUUGAACUUCUGCAAGAACAACUUCCCAAGAGUGUAGCUGUAAGAUCAAGGCGCCAAAUAGAACGAAAAGCCAAAAGAGCCAAAGCAGCAGUGAAGGCUGCUGCCAAUGUUGUGUCUGUGAAACCUGGUUCUACCAGCCGGAAAAAGCGUGCUUCCUUACAAGAUGUAGACUACUCUGAUCCGCUGCGUUACUUGAGAGCAACUACCAGCACUUCUAGGCUUCUUACUUCCACUGAAGAAUUGGAGUUGUCUGAAGGAAUACAGGACCUGUUGAAACUGGAAAAGCUCCAUGAGGAACUCACUGAGCGAUUUGGUGGUAAGCCCACCUUUGUGCAAUGGGCUGCAGCUGCAGGAGUUGAUCAGAUGACCCUGAGGAAGCGCUUAAACUACGGUAUUCUUUGCAAAGACAAAAUGAUUAAAAGCAACGUACGGCUUGUUAUAUCAAUUGCAAAAAAUUAUCAGGGGGCUGGGAUGAAUCUCGAAGAUCUUGUUCAGGAAGGAUGUCGAGGUCUUGUAAGAGGUGCAGAGAAGUUUGAUGCUUCAAAGGGUUUUAAGUUCUCAACCUAUGCUCACUGGUGGAUUAAACAGGCAGUUCGGAAAUCUCUGUCCGAUCAGUCCAGGACAAUUCGCUUACCCUUUCACAUGGUGGAGGCAACCUACAGAGUGAAGGAGGCUAGAAAACAAUUCUAUAGUGAAAAUGGAAGACAUCCUAAUGAUAAAGAAGUUGCUGAGGCAACAGGGCUGUCAAUGAAGAGGCUUACAGCUGUAUUACUGACUCCAAAAGCUCCUAGAUCUUUGGAGCAGAAGAUUGGCAUCAACCAGAAUCUUAAACCUUCGGAAGUAAUUUCAGAUCCCGAUGCAGAAACAGCAGAAGAUCUGCUGACGAAGCAAUUCAUGAAGCAGGACCUGGAGAGUGUACUAGACAGUCUCAAUCCGAGAGAGAAGCAGGUCAUCAGAUGGAGGUUUGGAAUGGAGGAUGGAAGGAUGAAGACAUUGCAAGAGAUAGGGGAGUCGAUGGGUGUUAGUAGAGAGAGAAUUAGGCAAAUCGAGUCAUGUGCAUUCCGUAAACUGAAGAACAAAAAGAGAACCAAACAUUUGCAGCAAUAUGUGCUUUCAUAAGUCUAUACACAGAAAGAUUGCAGAAGACCGGAGCUAGCUUACUUGAGGCCCAAAAAGGCUUGUCUUGCAUUUAUCUAUGUUUAUAACUUGCUUCUUCUUUUCUUUUCUUUUUUCAUUUUGCAGGACGGAAAUGUAAGCCUCAUUUCAGGAUUCAGAAGAGAGUUGUUCUGUAUAGAAACUAAAGCAUUUUUGCUGUAAGCCUCAUUUUGAAAUUAAGCA